AUGGCCAAUUAUGAUGUUAAUUCUACAAAGUCAUACAUGCAAGCAAUGCAUCCGUUGAUGAUGGCAGUAGAAGAAUUGAAUUCGGAUUUCAAACUACCAAAAAUGAACAAUGAAAAUGAAAAGAUAACACCCAUUAAUAAAAUCUUAUCGAAAUUUCAACACAUUAACCUUGAUAUUGUCAAUAAUUUGAAAGAUGAAAAACAUUUGGAUGAGACCAUACUAAGAGACAUUGAAAGUGAAUGUAAGAGAAUCUCUGAUGCUAAUAAUACUGAUAAUUUGUAUGUGAACGUGAAAAAUAUCUUAGUGUCUGAUCCUAGUGAUGAACAAUUACAGUCUUCUUUGUUUGAUAUUUUAGGAUUUGAUGAAUUUGAAUUGAUUUCAAAGAUUAUUCAGAAUAAACAUUUGAUUAUGCUGUCGGAGGAAGUCGAAGAACCCAACGAUGAUAAGGCUAAGUUCAUGACUGCUGAGGAAAGAGUUCAAUUCUUGAUUGAUAACCAACAUAAAGCAAAGAAUGAAAAAUUGACUAUGAGACAAUCAGGUAAUCAAUACCCUCAUGUUUAUAAGAAAGAAGAUGUCAGUCAAUUUCUUGCAGCUAUAGGUAAAAGCUUUUCAUUGCCAUCAGGUUCGGUUCGUACCUCAUUCCCAACUUAUGAAGAAUUGAUUAUACCUUAUCCUCAAACGCAAGAUAACAAAUGGAUUAAAGAUCAUCAAUUGGUUCAAAUCAAAGAUUUAGAUUUCCUUUGUAAAGGUACUUUCAGUAAUUAUCAAACUUUGAACAAGAUGCAAAGUCUCGUUUAUCCCAUUGCUUAUAAUACCAAUGAAAAUAUGUUGGUUUGUGCUCCUACAGGGGCCGGUAAAACUGAUGUAGCGUUAUUGACCAUUUUACAUGCCAUUGAUCAAUAUACCACUGAAACAGUUGAUGAAGAUGGUGAUUUAUCAAUCGACAUUGAUUAUGAGGAAUUUAAAAUCGUUUAUGUAGCACCCUUGAAAUCUUUAGCAGCAGAAAUUGUUGAAAAGUAUUCCCAGAAAUUGAAAUGGUUGGGAAUAAAAGUAAGAGAGCUAACCGGAGAUAUGCAAUUAUCCAAACAAGAAAUAAUGAAUACUCAAAUUAUCGUCACUACUCCAGAAAAAUGGGAUAUUGUUACUAGAAAACUGAAUGGUGAUACUGAAUUGGUUUCAAAAGUUAGAUUACUUAUUAUUGAUGAAGUCCAUUUAUUACAUGAAGAUAGAGGUUCGGUUAUUGAGACAUUGGUAGCUAGAACAUUGAGACAAGUUGAAAGCUCUCAACUGAUGAUCAGAGUUGUGGGUCUUUCUGCUACGUUACCUAAUUAUAUCGAUGUGGCUGAUUUCCUUGGUGUUAAUAGACAAAUGGGGAUGUUUUAUUUUGACCAAACUUUCAGACCAGUACCUUUAAGACAAGAUUUGAUUGGUGUUAGAGGUAAAGCUGGUUCUAAAACUGCUAAAGAAAAUUUAGAUAAUGUUUCUUAUGAGAAGUUAGCUGAGUAUAUCAAUCAAGGUUUACAAGUGAUGGUUUUUGUACAUCAAAGAAGGGAAACCAUCAAAUCAGCAAGGGAUUUCAUUUCUAAAGCUGCAGAAAAUCAUGAAUUGGAUUUGUUUGAUUGUUCAGAAUCAGAUCAUUUCGAUAAAUAUAAAAGAGAAAUGGCUAAUAAGAAUAGAAAUAAAGAUAUGAAAGAAUUAUUUCAAAUGGGAUUCGGAGUCCACCAUGCUGGUAUGUUAAGAUCUGAUCGUAAUUUGACGGAGAAAAUGUUCAUUGAUGGAGCCAUUAAAGUGUUAUGUUGUACUGCAACUUUGGCUUGGGGUGUUAAUUUACCUGCCGCUGUUGUUAUCAUCAAAGGUACUCAAGUCUAUGAUGCCAAACAAGGGGGGUAUACUGAUUUGGGAAUUUCCGAUAUUAUUCAAAUCUUUGGUCGUGCUGGUAGACCACAGUACGAAAAGUUCGGUACGGGUAUUUUAUGUACUACCAGUGAUAAAUUAGACCAUUAUAUUUCUUUAAUUACUCAACAACAUCCAAUUGAAUCUAAAUUAGCUGAAAAGUUGGUAGAUAAUUUGAAUGCUGAGAUCUCUUUAGGAAGUGUUACCAAUGUUGAUGAAGGUAUUCAAUGGUUGGGUUAUACUUAUAUGAUGGUGAGAAUGAGGAAAAACCCAUUUGCCUAUGGUAUUGAUUGGAAAGAACUUCAAGAAGAUCCAUUACUUUAUAAUAGAAGAAGAAAUAUGAUAAUCACUGCAGCUCGAAGAUUACAUGGGUUACAAAUGAUAAUAUUCGGUGAAAGCUCUGGAUCUUUCAUCCCCAAAGAUUUAGGAAGAAUUGCCUCAGACUUUUAUUUACUUAAUAACUCCAUUGAAGUGUUCAACCAGAUGUUAAAUCCAAGAGCUACUGAAGCUGAUGUGUUAUCUAUUAUUAGUAUGAGUAGUGAGUUUGACAGUGUGAAAUUCAGGGAAGAAGAAAAGAAAGAGUUAACAAGGUUAUUAGAGGAUUCAGUACAAUGUCAAGUUCCAGGAGAAAUUGAAGCUGCCCAAUCGAAAACAAAUAUCUUAUUGCAAGCAUUCAUAUCUCAAGCUUCAAUCAAAGAAUCCGCAUUGGUAGCUGAUUCUAAUUAUGUUGCUCAAAACUCUGCAAGAAUUUGUCGUGCCUUAUUCUUGAUUGGUAUCAAUAGACAUUGGAGUGUUUUCCUGAAAGUCUUAUUGUCAUUAUGUAAAUCUAUUGACAAAAGGGUGUGGGAAUUUGAUCACCCUUUAGCUCAAUUUGAUUUACCUGAACCUGUUAUGAGAAAUAUCAGAAGCAAGAAUCCUUCCAUAGAGUCAUUAAGAGAUAUGGAACCAGGUGAAUUGGGUGACCUAGUUCAUAACAGUAGUAUGGGAAGCAAAUUAUAUCAGUUAGUUAAUAAAUUUCCCUAUGUGGAGAUUGAAAGUGAGAUCUUCCCUAUUUCCUCCAAUGUCAUGAGGGUUCAUAUUUUCCUUGACGGAGACUUUAAAUGGGAUGAUCAAUAUCAUGGGAAGAGUCAAUUUUUCUGGAUAUUUGUUGAAGAAUCAGAGAAUUCCGAAUUGUUGCACGUUGAAAAAUUGAUCAUCAGUAAAAGGCAAUUAUCUAAUCAUGAAAUGGAUUUCAUGAUUCCUUUAAGUGAUCCCUUACCAGCUCAGGUGAUUGUUAGGGUCAUUUCAGACUUUUGGUUGGGUUCAGAAACUGUUCAUCCUAUUUCAUUCCAGCAUUUGAUUAGACCUACCAACGAAACUAUCAGAACUAAUUUGUUAAGAUUACAACCUUUACCUGUAACUGUUUUACACGAUAAAGAAAUUGAAGCCAUCUAUAGUUCUAGAUUCAGAUAUUUCAAUCCUAUGCAGACCAUGACUUUCUUCAAUUUGUAUAACACCAAUAAUAAUGUGUUUGUUGGUUCUCCAACAGGUUCAGGUAAAACUGUGGUUGCAGAAUUAGCUAUUUGGCAUGCAUUCAAACAAUUCCCUGGGUCAAAAAUUGUUUAUAUUGCUCCAAUGAAAGCCUUGGUUAGAGAAAGAGUUGAUGACUGGAGAGCCCGUAUUUCAAAGACAACCAGUCAUAAAGUUGUAGAACUUACAGGGGAUUCCCUUCCAGAAGCUAGGGAAGUUAGAGAAUCGGAUAUAAUCAUUACUACACCAGAAAAGUUCGAUGGUAUUUCCCGUAAUUGGCAAACAAGAACUUUCGUUCAACAAGUUUCGUUGGUUAUAAUGGAUGAAAUCCAUUUAUUGGCUAGUGAUAGAGGUCCAAUUUUGGAAAUGAUUGUUAGUCGUAUGAACUACAUUGCUUCUCAAACUAAGAAACCAAUUAGACUUUUGGGUAUGUCAACUGCUGUCUCAAAUGCUAUUGAUAUGGCUGGUUGGUUAGGAGUCAAAGAAGGUUUGUUCAAUUUCCCCCUGUCUGUUCGUCCUGUUCCUUUGCAAAUGUUUAUUGAUGGGUUUCCAGACAAUUUAGCUUUCUCACCAUUGAUGAAAACUAUGAACAAACCAGCAUUCAUGGCCAUCAAACAACAUUCUCCGACUAAACCUGUUUUGAUUUUCGUUGCUUCACGUCGUCAAACUCGUCUUACAGCAUUGGAUUUAAUUCAUUUGUGUGGUAUGGAAGACAAUCCUCGUAGAUUCUUAAAAAUGGAUGAUUUUGAAUUGCAAAAAAUUCUAGCUGACGUAAAAGAUGAUACCUUGAAGUUAUCAUUACAAUUUGGUAUGGGAUUGCAUCAUGCUGGGUUAGUUGAAAGUGAUCGUCAAAUAUCUCAUAAAUUAUUUGAAGCCGGUAAGCUUCAGAUUUUAAUUGCAACUUCGACUUUAGCUUGGGGUGUUAAUUUACCUGCUCAUUUAGUCAUCAUCAAAGGGACACAAUUCUUUGAUGCCAAGAUUGAAGGUUAUAGGGACAUGGACUUAACAGAUAUUUUACAAAUGAUGGGACGUGCUGGUCGUCCUGCUUUCGAUACUAGUGGUAUAGCUAUUGUUUACACUAAAGAGUCAAAGAAAAUGUUUUAUAAGCAUUUCUUGAAUAUUGGUUUCCCCGUUGAAUCUUCCCUCCAUAAAGUAUUGGAUAACCAUAUAGGGGCAGAGAUCUCAUCAGGAACUAUUAGAUCCAGACAAGAAGCUAUGAAUUUCUUAACUUGGACGUUCUUGUACAGAAGGGCUCAUAACAAUCCUACCUAUUAUGGAAUAGAGGAUACUUCAACAGCAGGGAUUUCAUCAUAUUUGGGAUGGUUAAUUGAUCAAACCAUUGAGAAUUUGAUUGAAUCUAGAUGUGUGGUUACUACAGGUAAAGACGAAUUGAAACCAACGCCAUUUUUGGAUAUUUCAUCAUAUUACUAUCUUUCUCAUAAAACAAUCAGAAGAAUCGUCAAAAGCAUUACCAAUGAUUUUGAUUUCAGAAAUUGUUUGAUUAUGUUAGCAGGGGCUACGGAAUAUGAUGAACUCGCUACCCGUCAUGGGGAAGAAUUGAUGAAUAUGGAAAUGUCCCAAAAUAUGAGAUAUCAAGCUGAAGACAUGGAAUGUGAAUUCAUUUGGGACCCUCAUGUCAAGGCAUAUUUAUUGAUCCAAGCUUUUAUGAGUAGAAUUGAAUUGCCUAUUGCUGAUUAUUCUCAAGAUACAAUUGCCGUAUUGGAUCAAUCAUUACGUAUUUUACAAGCUUUUGUUGAUGUGGCAUCUGAAUUUGGGUAUUAUGCAACCGUUUGUAAGUUCAUUCGCUUGAUGCACUGCAUCAAACAAAGAUCAUGGUAUGAUGACCAUCCUAUUUCCACAUUGCCGGGAUUAUCGAUUAUUCCUAGAGAAGCUAAUUCGAAAUUACCCUCAUUGGAACAACUAGGUAAUAUGGGUAAGAAUAAACUUAUAAACAUCGGUGAGAAAAUGUUGGGGAUUCAAAAUGAACCAAUUGUGGAUAUCAGAAAAUAUGGUGCUUCAAAUAAAGCAUUGGAUCAAUUUGUCCAUGUUGCUUCACAUUUACCUAUUUGUGACUUAAAGAUUAAACAGGUCAACGAUACAGAAAUUGAAAUCAUUCUUGAUCAUAAAAACUAUCCUUUGGAUUCUAACUUUGUUACUUACUGUCCUCAUUUCCCUAAAUCUCAAAGAGAAUCAUGGUUUGUCAUUUUAUGUGAUGAAUCCAAGACUGAAUUAUUUGUUAUCAAAAGAGCAAGCCCUAAGAUGGUGGGUAAGAAAGGUAAAAUUGUUUGCCAAAUUGAUAUUCCUGAAAAUCUCAAGGGUAAAGAAAUCAACGUUGUUUGUAUUAACGACGGUAUUGAACUUCAAUAUGAAAGUAAAGUUACCUUAUUGUAG